CCAUCUAUGGGUCAAUCCGUCUCUCCCUCUCUCUCUCUCUCUGCACUGUUUUGCCUGUCAUUUGGUUUUCACUACUAUUUUCACUGAACCUCUACUAUAAAAGUCUCUCUCCUUUUCCUCCCAUUUGUUUCAAUUGAUUCACUAUUAAAUCGUUAACUCUUUUGCGUGUGUUUGCCAUUCAAUAGAUCCGUUCAAUUGUUCCCAAAAUGCCGAUCAAGACUAUCAAAGCCCGUCAGAUAUUCGACAGCCGCGGUAACCCUACCGUCGAGGUCGACCUCACCACUGAUAAGGGUCUAUUCAGAGCGGCUGUCCCUUCGGGCGCGUCCACCGGUAUCUAUGAAGCGCUAGAACUGCGAGACAACGAUAAGACUAAAUAUAUGGGCAAAUCUGUGUUCACUGCCGUUAAUAACAUCAAUUCAGAGAUCGGACCAAAACUUAUCGCUAAAAACUUGGAUGAAAUCAAUCAGAAAGAAAUCGACGAAUUUAUGAUCCAAUUGGACGGCGACGCCAACAAGAAGAGGUUGGGCGCCAACGCCAUACUCGGCGUCUCACUCGCGGUGUGCAAAGCGGGCGCCGCCAAGAAAGGCGUUCCCCUCUAUCAACACAUCGCCGACCUCUCGGGCAACAAGAAGAUCAUUCUUCCGGUGCCCGCCUUUAAUGUGAUCAACGGUGGCUCUCACGCGGGCAAUAAGCUGGCGAUGCAAGAGUUCAUGAUCCUCCCGACCGGCGCCACCUCUUUCACCGAAGCCAUGAAAAUGGGAACAGAAAUCUACCAUCACUUGAAGAAUGUGAUUAAGAAGGACUUCGGUUUGGACGCGACGGCAGUGGGAGAUGAGGGCGGGUUUGCGCCUAAUAUUCUCAACAAUAAGGACGCGUUGGUUCUGAUCCGCAAAGCGAUUGAUUUGGCCGGUUAUGCGGGAAAGAUCGACAUCGGUAUGGAUGUGGCCGCGAGUGAGUUCUACAAAGAGGGCAAAUACGACCUCGACUUCAAAAAUCCCAACUCUGAUAAAACCAAAUGGAUUUCAUCCGACGAAUUGGGAAAUCUUUAUCAGGAAUUCAUUAAAGAGAAUCCAAUGGUUUCUAUUGAGGAUCCCUUCGAUCAGGACGAUUGGGACGCCUGGACUAAACUCACCGCCAAUACACAGAUACAGAUUGUCGGCCACAAUUUGGCCAAAGCUAACGGUUGGGGAACAAUGGUUUCCCAUCGAAGCGGUGAGACUGAGGACUCGUUUAUCGGCGAUUUGGUGGUCGGGCUGUCGACGGGUCAGAUCAAGACGGGCGCGCCCUGUCGUUCGGAACGGUUGGCCAAAUAUAAUCAGAUUUUGCGCAUCGAAGAGGAAUUGGGCGCCAAUGCUCUCUACGCCGGAAAGAGUUUCAGAAAUCCUCACAAAUAAUCUAACAAUGAAUUAAUUGAAACAAAUGGUCUCUUCUUUUCGACUAUACUUUACUUCUUUUCGAUUCUAUUCUUACGCUUAUUAUAGAUUUAAUUAAUUAUUUUUAAGACUAUAUCUAAAUAUCCAGUAAUUCAAUCAAUUAAGUCACUUAUAAUUAUAUAAGAUAUAUAAACAUAUUAUAGAUUAUAAUCAAUUCAAUUAUGAGACACAUUUAGGAGACAUUGUGUAAAACAAACACCCGGUUCUCAAAUGCUGAGUCAAUUUUCAAUACACUUUUUCCCGGUUUUAUUGCUUUAAAAAAUUUCGUUUUGUUUGCAAUUUAUAUAUUGUUGUUUUGAUUUCGACUAAAAGAUAGAAAUUUUACACUAAAUUUAUCGGUUCUCAGAGUUUUGUUAUUACAGACAAAUGGAAACAAAAGUCCAUUUCAGUCCCCUUUCACUCAAUGUCUUGAAAUAAUUGUCGACCGAAAUAGGGAUGAAUGACUUACCGGUGAUUCCAUUUAAUCCGUAGUUUAGAUUAUGUGUUGAACACAUCCAUUGCAAUGCACUCUAUGUCCCAGUGAUCUGUGAGUCCCACCCCUCCCAUCGCAAUACACAACUUGUAAUGUAUUGUGAAAACCAUUUGUUCUGUCAUUUGUUUUUUGUUGUUCAAGUCGUCUAUCAAUUCCAAUGGAUGUCAUGUAAAAGUAAUGGGUUUUAGUUGAGAAAUGUUAUCUCAUAUACACUAUCGAAACAGUAAUACAUAACAUUUGUAGCGCAUAUACAAUGAGUG